UGCGGGGGCUGUGCUGGGUGGGCGGUUUUCCCAGAACAAGGAGCCAAGCAGGCCUGACUGGGCGCCAGCUCCCUCAGAUACACUCCAGGCCCGGCGACCAGCCUGCCCCGCAAGCCUGAGCCCGCGGGCUCCCACAGGCGCCGUGUUCCUGUCUAGGGGCCGCAGCUGUCCCCCCAGGCGUGUGGCAUGUCCCAGAGGGAGGCCAGAAGGGCACCCUCCGCACCGGGAGUGGGGCAGAAGCCCGCUAAAGCCAGGUUGUCGCUGGCAGCAGAUUUGGGCAGGAAGAGGAGCCGCCUGAGCAGGACCAGGCAGGACCCGUGGGACAAGCCGGGCUGGAGUGACCAAAGGUGGAGCAGAGCUGCCCCCAGCCCACGCCCACGAGGGGUCAGGGCCCGGAGCCUGGCUCGUGGCCAGAGUGAGGCCAGUCCCAAGAAUGCUGCACGGGAGCGGAGCCGGGUGAGGACACUGCGCCAGGCCUUCCUGGCCCUGCAGGCUGCUCUGCCCGCUGUGCCACCCGACACCAAACUCUCCAAGCUGGAUGUGCUGGUGCUGGCCACCAGCUACAUAGCCCACCUCACCCGCAUGCUGGGCCACGAGUUGCCUGGCCCCGCCUGGCCACCCUUCCUGUGUGGACUCCGCUAUCUACACCCUCUCAAGAAGUGGCCCAUGCGAUCUCGUCUCUAUGCUGGCGGCCUGGGGAGCUCUGGCCUUGACUCUGCCACAGCCACCACCUGUAGCCGAAGAACAAAGGAAACAGAGGCCAGGCCCCGAGUUUCUGAAGAGGCAGAUGCUCUCUUUCCCACAAGGCCAUGCUCACCAGCUCUCGGUGACAAAUGAGCAUCACACGUGCCUUUUUCUCCCAGGCUACCACUCGAGCUUAGGGACCUGGAUUCUCUACCGGCCCUGCCUGUCUUCCCUCUGACUCUCAGCCCUCGGACUGGACGGACUCAGGUUCGGCUCCCUGGUUCCAUCCAGCACACAGACCAGGCGAAGCAAUGGGCCCUUCAGCACCGGGAGGGUACGCGGGAGCCGUAGGGGAGGUGGCUGCUGUGACAGUUGCAGGGAAGUGGGAGAGGAAGGGGUUUGGCUGGGUGGGAAGCUGAGUUAGGGCACAGCCCUCUGCUUUCUCCCCUAAGCUUCCCACAAACCCUCCAGAUGUGCAGGUGCAGAGGAAGAGGCCUAGGACAACAGCAGCUACGGGUGCUGAUGGGAAAGCCGAGGGCCAGACAGGCUCUGGGCAGCUGCAAGUGGGAACAGCAGUGGGCCAGGGUCGCGUAGCCAGAUGAAAAAUGAAGUUUGUUAUGGCUUCGUAAAACCUUACCCGGUGUCCAAGAGGCAGGGGAGGAUUCAGGAGCCUUGUCUGCCUUGUGGUCUCUCCAGCUGCUUCUCAUCGCUACACGUCUUCCCUCUCCGGGCCCUACACCCUUCCACUCUUCUCGACCUGACUUAUAUUUACGGAUUAAGCCAGAAAGCUUGCAUUGCUUGCCCUCCAGUUUCCAGAGAAACUUUUUGAUGAUCCCAGCUGCCUAGUUUGACAUGUCUUAUCCCAGAGGCAGGCCCACCGGAACUGAAACAGACAGUACCUGAAGGCCUUGCAUCAGAAGGAUACUGAUGGGCCUGAUUACAUCCGUGAAGGACCUUAGAAGGAGAACCCUUAUCUUUUCCAGGAGACGAUAAUUAGUCUUCUCUCUCCAUUCUGUUAGAAACCGAACCUUCAGGAAAAACAAGAUAGGUCAGCGUUCACUGGGUUCUUUGUAUGAUUUUGGCCUAAGGCCUCACUGGCUCUGGAGUUAUUUCUACAAUCCGUCUACAGAUGAUCUCCCCAGGGCCGGCUCCUGCCCACAGGCACUGCCCGCCCAGCCACUCCUUAAGGCUUGCCACGGGGUGCCAGAGACCUCCGAGUACUUAGUGGCAUUUCUGGCUCUGAAGAAAUCGUUUGUCUAUACAUGCUAAAAGUAACCAUCCAGAUCAGGAAUAGCAUGAAACCCCACCUGAAGUCCAGACUGAGAAGGAACCAGCUUUUUGUUAAACUUCUGUAACUCAGCAUGAGGGGAUGGACCAGGCUGA